AGACUAAGAUCAAAAUUGGACAACCAGCUUCAGAGUAAGAAAUUACAGCAAAAAUUGAAAUGUUGACUGAAGGGUUUGGUAAUCCCAAAGAGGAUAUUCUCCAGAACUCUGACGGCAGAGAAUUCUGUGAAUUUGGAGAUAAAUUGAAUAAAAAGUAUCAGACCCUUUUUAAAAGAAGACAAUAUAACUGUGAGGAAUGUGGACAAAGCUUUGCUUGGAGUACAGGCCUUAUUCAGCACCAGAGAAACCACUGGAAAAAACCCUAUGAAUGUGAUAAUUGUGGAAAGGUCUUUCGAAUGAGCUCAGCUCUGGUUAUGCAUCAGAGAAUUCAUACUGGAGAGAAACCCUAUCCUUGUAAUUGGUGUAUUAAAAGUUUCAUUCGGAGUUCAGACCUUAUUAAACAUCAAAGAGUCCACACUGGUGAAAAACCUUAUAAAUGUGAUGAAUGUGGGAAAGCCUUUAGUCAGAGUUCAGAUCUUAUUAUACAUCAGAGAAUCCAUACAGGAGAGAAACCUUAUCAAUGCAGUCAUUGUAAUAAAAGUUUUAGGCAGCGCUCAGACCUAGUUAAACAUCAGAGAAUUCACACUGGAGAGAAGCCUUAUACGUGUAAUCAGUGUAACAAACAAUUUAGUCAAAGUUCUGAUGUUAUAAAACAUCAAAGAAUCCACACUGGGGAGAAACCAUAUAAGUGUGAUGUAUGUGGGAAAGCCUUCAUUCAGAGCUCAGACCUUAUUCUGCAUCAGAAAAUCCACACUGGGGAGAAGCCAUAUCCAUGUAAUCAAUGUAGCAAAAGUUUCAGUCAGAAUUCAGACCUUAUUAAACAUCGAAGGAUCCACACUGGAGAGAAGCCCUAUAAAUGUAAUGAGUGUGGAAAGGCUUUUAAUCAAAGCUCAGUUCUUAUUCUGCAUCAAAGAAUUCACACGGGAGAAAAACCCUAUUCAUGUAAUCAGUGCAGCAAAACUUUCAGUAGGCUUUCAGAUCUUAUUAAUCAUCAACGAAUUCACACUGGAGAGAAGCCUUAUCCAUGUAAUCAGUGCAAUAAAAUGUUUAGUAGAAGAUCAGAUCUUGUUAAACAUCAUAGAAUUCAUAAAGGUGAGAAACCCUAUGAAUGUGACGACGACUGUGGGAAAACCUUUAGUCAGAGCUCCAACCUUAUUCUACAUCAGAGAAUCCACACUGGAGAGAAACCAUAUGCUUGUAAUUUGUGCAAUAAAAGUUUUAGUCAAAGUUCAGACCUCACUAAACAUCUGAGAGUGCACUCUGGUGAAAAGCCCUAUCGUUGUGAUAGUUGUGAGAAAACCUUCAGUCAGAGUUCUGACCUUAUUCUUCAUCAGCGAAUUCACACUGGAGAAAAACCAUAUCCAUGCACACAGUGCAGCCAAAGUUUCUGUCAGAACUCAGACCUCAUAAGACACCAAAGAGUCCACACUGGGGAAAGACCUUAUAAAUGUAAUGAGUGUGGGAAGGCUUUCAGUCAGUGCUCAGCUCUCAUCCUGCAUCAGAGAAUCUACACUGGGGAGAAACCAUAUCCAUGUGACCAAUGUAGCAGAAGCUUUAGUCAUCGCUCUGAACUCAUUAAUCAUCAAAAAAUCCACACAGGUGAAAAAAUCAUAUAAAUGUGAUGCGUGUGGGAAAACCUUCACUAUAGGAAUAGAUCUCACUGAUCACCAGAAGAUCCACACUGAGGACAAGAUGUACCAGUGUGUUCAGUGCAGCAUAAGUUUUAGCCAAUUCUCUGAUCUUAUUAAUCAAGAGAAACUCCAUUCUGGGCAAGACAGUUUAAAUAUGAUGAAUGGGGAGAAACCCUUACUAUAUACACCAACUUUAUUCAGUUCCAGAGACACUAUACCAGAACAAAAAUCUUAUGAAUGCUAUUGAUGACCAUGAAAAAGGUAUUAAUCAAUAUUUAGCUCUUAUGCUCAAUUUAAAAACAAAACCCACUGGAGAGAAAACUAAAUCAGUUUUUAUAAUGACAAUUUAAUUUGAAGCCCAUACAUUACUAAAAUUAAGAAAAAAAUCUGAGGAAGAGUUCUGAGAUUUGUGGGAAACUCUUCAGUGUGAAUAAUUUUUUUUUUUACCAAUUGUCUGUUAGCAACAAUAGAAAGAAAUUCUAUCUUUGCUAUAAUGUAAGAAAAGCUGUCUUUUAUUCAGACAUAUUCCACAAAAAAGGAGUUGUAUCAUUGUAAGAAAUAUAUAAUAACAUUUAAUGCAGAAGUUAUCAAAUAUUUUAAAACUCAGUGUGUAGAGGUGUUUAAUCAAAACUCAAAAGGAAAUGUAUUAGUUUUAGAAUCUCAAAUCUUUAGUGAGUCUAUAUUACCAAUGGUAUAUAGGAAUUA